AUGGCGGUGCAGGGGCCCCGUGGUCGCCUCGCCUCGUCGCUGCCGCGGCUGCUGCUCGGCCUGGCCGCGCUCGCCGUGCCGCCGCCGCCCGCCGCCGCCCCCGAGCCGCCGCCCGCCGCCCUCCGCGCCGGCCACGCCGCCUCCUCGCUGCCCGCCGCCGCCGCCGCCCCGCGCACCAGAUACCUUUUGUACGAUGUAAAUCCCCCUGAAGGGUUCAACCUUCGCAGAGACGUCUACGUUCGCGUUGCUUCUCUUGUAAAGACCCUGCGGAAAAGUGAAAACUGGGUGUUAGUCCUGCCUCCUUGGGGGAGGCUUUAUCACUGGCAGAGCCCCGAUAUCCUUCAGGUCCGGAUUCCUUGGUCUGAGUUCUUUGAUAUCCCAAGCCUCAACAGGAACAUCCCUGUCAUUGAAUAUGAGCAGUUCCUUGCAGAGUCAGGUGGGCCCUUUAUUGAACAGAUUUAUGUGCUACAAGGCUACGCAGAGGGAUGGAAAGAAGGAACGUGGGAAGAAAAAAUCAAUGAAAGGCCAUGCAUUGAUCAGCUGAUGUAUUCCAAGGACAAGCAUGAGUACUACAGGGGCUGGUUCUGGGGUUACGAGGAAACACGAGGCCUAACCGUCUCUUGUUUGUCUGUCCAAGGAUCUGCUUCCAUUGUGGCGCCCAUCCUUCUGAAGAACACUUCAGCACAGUCAGUGAUGUUAGACAGAGCUGAAAACCUUCUUCAUGACCACUACGGAGGGAAAGAUUACUGGAAUACCCGUCGGAGCAUGGUGUUUGCUAAACACCUCCGUGUGGUGGGAGACGAGUUUAGAAGGAAGUAUCUUCAAUCCACGGACGAGGCAGACAGGACUCAUUACAAGGAGGACUGGACACAGAUGAAGGUUAAGAUGGGCACAGCUCUAGGUGGUCCAUACCUUGGGGUUCAUCUCAGAAGGAAAGACUUCAUUUGGGGUCACAGAGAAGAUGUGCCUUCCCUGCAAGGAGCAGUAAAGAAAAUUCGCAGCCUCUUGGAGAUGCUUAAACUUGAAAAAGUUUUUGUAGCCACUGAUGCUGUCGAGGAGGAGAUUGAAUUGCUCAAGAAACUGCUGCCUGAGAUGGUGAGGUUUGAACCCUCUUGGGAGGAGCUGGAACUCUAUAAGGAUGGGGGCUUGGCUGUGAUUGACCAGUGGAUUUGUGCACAUGCAAGGUAUUUUAUAGGCACCUCAGUUUCAACAUUUUCCUUCCGAAUCCAUGAGGAAAGAGAGAUCUUGGGAUUUGACCCAAAAACAACUUACAACCGAUUUUGUGGUGAAACAGAGAAAAACUGUGAGCAGCCAACUCACUGGAAAAUUGUCUGUUAAAUACAGAGAAAUACAA